AUGGCCCCACAAUGGACCAAAGCUACCUUUGCUAAAAUUGUUGCCGGGCUACUUUUCCUGACCAUUUUCUUCUCUGGCAUUUUGUCUCAGUACAUUGGCUUUGAAAAGGUUUUUCAGAAAAUCAGCAGCACCUAUACCAGUGCAAAGAGGACAACUGCUCCACCUUAUGUCGACCCUUCCUGCAAGCUCAUACUCCCACCUUCAGAUGAUGCGCUAGGGGAUCGCCGACUAUUGGACUCAAUUGCUUGGCCCCACAUUCCACCGUUGCCGGUCGGCUUUUCCUUUGAAAAAACCAGCAGCCCUAAGGCUAGCUGUUUCUCCAUUUUACCCACAGGGGGAGGCCAAGAUCGGUACGUUGGAGAUCAACUACAAGUUACCAUUACAAUCCGUGACUUCUUAGGCAAUCCCAAACAAUUUGGAGGUGAUGUGCUGGUUGCUCGUCUCCAUAACCCCAGUCAGCAUGCUGGCGUUGGAGGACAGAUCACCGAUCAUCUCAACGGUUCUUACACAGCAACCUUUCCCCUCCUGUGGGACGGAUACGCAGAGGUUGAGGUGACUUUUGUUCACCCGAGCGAGGCCGUCGCUGUCCUGGACCGGCUGACCCGGGAAGAGCCAGACAGAGUCUCCUUCGCCAGCCUUUUUCGUUCAGGCUCAGUUUCUGAAACAACUAUUUGCAAUUAUUGCAUGCGUCCCACCAAGCGGGAGGUGUGCAACUUCACGGACAUCCACACGGGUCAACCGUGGUUCUGCUUCAAGCCCAAAAUGCUGGGCUGUGACACAAGAAUAAACCAUUACAAAAAUGGAUUUCAUCAAAACCUCAGAGCCAAUGAGGAGAAGCUCUUUCAAAAUAAUAUCAACAUGAAAGUUGUCAUACCGCCGUCGGGAAAUGCUAACUUGACUGUGCUGCCAGCAAAGAAUGGUAAGCUCCACUCUCUCAUACUCAACACACAACAACAUAAAAAUACGUCUGAUUUCCAUCCAUCUUUCCUGAAAGAGAAAAAGAGGCCGCCACCGGAGGCUAGCGGCUAUUAUUACCACGGCGAUUGGCAGUCCCUAAAAGGCACCCCAGUCAAGCACUUCAACACCAGCUCUGCCAUUGGUCAAUGUCUGAAAGGCAAAACCAUCCACCUGUUCGGAGACUCGACCAUUCGACAGUGGUUCUUGUACCUCACAAGCGCGCACUCGGGUCUCAAAGAGUUUGACCUGAAGAGCAACAGACAAACUGGACCUUUUAUGGCCAUGGAUUAUCAAAACAACAUCUUGCUGACAUUCGGGGCCCAUGGUCCCCCUAUUCGUUUUGGAAACAUUAACGUCAACAACAUUCGUUACGUGGCGAACGAACUGGACAGACUAGUAGGAGGACCUGAUAUGGUUGUGGUGAUCGGCAUCUGGUCUCACUUCAGCUCAUUCCCCGUGGAAGUUUAUCUCCAGCGGCUAAAUAGCAUCCGCAGGGCCAUGGAGCGAAUGUUGAGAAGAUAUCCAGAAACAGUGAUAAUCAUCAGGACGGCAAAUUUAAAAUACUUGAACCUACAGGAAACACUGGUCAAUAGUGACUGGUACUCCAUUCAACGCGAUAAGGUCCUCAGGGCUGUGUUCAAAGGCAUCAACGUCCAUUUUGUGGAUGCCUGGGAGAUGACCUUGGCUCACUAUCUACCACACAAUCUCCAUCCCCAACCUCCCAUUAUAAAGAAUAUGGUGGAUGUAGUGCUGUCAUGUAUUUGUCCACGGUAG